AUGCCGGGCUAUCCGCCCACGCCGGGGCCGGCUGCAGGCGCAGGCCGCGGCUCCGCCCGUGGGCAGGGCCGGACCGGGCCGGGCGGGGCAGGCCUAGCUAAAGGAAAUGAGCACUCAGAAUUUGCUGGCUGGGCAUUUCCCUUUCCAGGGGURUUCCUGGUGGAGGACUUCAUUACUGAAGAUGAAGAAUAUGAGAUAGUGGAGCUGAUGGAUCAAGAUGACUGGAAACCAUCACAGUCUGGCCGAAAGAAACAGGACUAUGGACCCAAAGUGAACUUCAAGAARCAAAGGCUGAAAGCUGGCAGCUUUUCUGGAUUGCCGAGUUUCAGUAGGAAGAUCGUGGCCCAGAUGAAGGCCUGUGCUGUGCUCAGUGGUUUCCUACCUGUGGAACAGUGUAACCUGGACUACAGACCYGAGAGAGGCUCUGCCAUCGACCCCCACUUUGAUGACUGGUGGCUCUGGGGGGAGCGCCUGAUAUCAGCGUGCAGAGAUUCAGGAAAAGAGGGAWUUGAGUCCCCAAGGCUGGUUCCAGGUAAGGAGGUGAGUGUGGCCGUCCCCUUGCCCCGGAGGUCGCUGGUGGUGCUGCAGGGGGAUGCCCGGUACAAGUGGAAGCACGGGAUCCACCGCAGGCACAUCGAGCACCGCCGUGUCUGCAUCACCUUCAGGGAGCUCUCUGCAGAGUUUAGCGCCGGGGGGAGGCACGAGGAACUGGGCAAAGAACUGCUACAAAUCGCUCUUUCCUUCCAAGGAAGGCCCGUGUGACCGAGAGCUUGCGUUUUGUUGAGAGAUGUGUAAAAUGAGGUACAGAAUUUGUAAGCCUUGGUUUAUUUCUGAGGUGGGGCUAAGGAACCAGGUGUGCGCAGAGAUAAGCUCAAUAAAAUGGAAAUUUAACAAACAGAAGUGAAACGGGUGGGCGUCGAAGCCUUCUGGGCAACGGCAGCUUUUUGGCCAAUAUCAGAAAUGAGAGGUUGUAUCCGUUACUUGUGUUGUAACAAAAAAGCCAACAGCCAACACUUGCAUUAAAUUAMACAUUUCGAAAUAUUUAACAGUGUAUCAAACACCCCUUGACAGAGUUUCAACUCAAGCCCUGCCACAGACUUUAACCUUUCCUAGCCCAUACGUGAUACUGUCAGACUGGUUUGAAUGUUGCACCGAACCCUGGGGGUACAAUUAUCUCCUCAUCCACCUCAGAUGGGUCCUUUAGGGGCCAGCACUCAGGGGAGGAAGGUAAGCAAGUAUCUCUUCACAGACAGUGCAACACACUAAGAACUAAAGUAAGU